AUGGCGAACAACAGCAACAGCUUCAUCCUGACGCUAUCAUGCGCAGACCGACCGGGCAUCGUCCACGCGGUGACCGGUUUCCUGGUCCAACACAACCUCAAUAUCAUCGAUUCGUCGCAAUUCGGCGAUCCCACCUCCAAACGCUUCUUCAUGCGCAUGCACUUCAGCCCAGCAGAGCCAGACGAUCAGAACGAGCCCAGCUCGAAGAAAAUGACGGCGGAAGACCUCACCGGCGCAUUCCAACCCACCGCCGACUCCCACUCAAUGACCUUCUCUCUCCGUCCCUUCGCGCAGAAGCCCCGCGUCAUGAUCAUGGUCUCCAAGAUCGGCCACUGCCUCAACGACCUCCUCUUCCGCCAAUCCACGAACCAGCUCGGCAUCGAGGUGCCCCUGAUCGUAUCCAACCACCCCGACUUCGCCCCGCUUGCGGCUACCUACAACAUCCCCUUCCACCACCUCCCGGUCACGCCGGAUACAAAGGCGGAGCAGGAGUCGAAGAUCCUGGAACUGGUGAAGACGCAUAACAUCGACCUGAUCGUCCUGGCCCGGUACAUGCAGGUUCUGUCGCCGAAGCUAUGCGAGGUUAUGUCCGGGCGGAUUAUCAAUAUCCACCAUAGCUUCCUGCCGUCGUUCAAGGGUGCCCGGCCCUACCACCAGGCGUAUGACAGGGGCGUGAAGAUUGUGGGUGCUACCGCGCACUUCGUUACCAGUGAUCUUGAUGAGGGGCCGAUCAUCGAGCAGGAUGUCGUCCGGGUCAAUCAUGGGAUGAGUCCGAAGGAGUUGACCAUUGCUGGGAGUACGGUGGAGAGUAAUGUGCUUGCUACCGCGGUGAGGUUUGUGGCUGAGGGACGGGUGUUGCUUAAUGGGCAUAAGACUGUUGUUUUUAACUGA